GAUGACAAAUUCGAAGUUCCUUCACGCACUCCCUUUUCUUUUCCUCCAUUUCUCCUUAACGACAAAGCAACGACCAACGAGCCGAUCUCUGCCAGACCCGAUCAGAAAAUGCGGUUCGCUUCGUCUUCUUCUUCGGCGAACAUGAUCGUGACCAGCACUCCUGCUCCGGACCUCGCAUUCACUAACCUCGCCUACUGCUCCCACUCCGAUCUUCACGGCUUCGCCGUCCCUGGCAAGAAGCUCUACCUCGCUUCCGUUGGAGAUUUAUUCGUUCUCUCCGUUGCCGGUCACGAAAGCAUACGCAAUGGUCAUAUUGCCCUAAAUUCGAUUCAGCGUCGGCAUGCUAAAGUUUCUGCUGGCGAUACGAUAUCUGUUAGCAGGUUUAUCCCACCUGAUGGUUUCGAUCUGGCAUUGCUGACACUUGAGUUGGAGUUUGUGAAAAAGGGAACUAAAAAUGAACAGAUUGAUGCUGUUCUCCUCAGUAACCAACUAAGAAACAGGUUUAUCGACCAGGUUAUGACAACAGGGCAAAGAGUAACAUUUGAGUAUCAUGGCAAUAAUUACAUUUUCACUGUCAAUCAAGCUGCUGUAGGGGGACAACAAAACUCUAAUUCUCUUGAAAGAGGGAUGAUUGCAAGUGAUACACACUUUGUCUUUGAAACAUCAAAUGCGAGUGGAAUAAAGAUUGUCAAUCAGCGUGAAGCUGCCAGUAGCAACAUUUUCAGGCAAAAGGAAUUUAAUCUUCAAUCACUUGGUAUAGGUGGUCUAAGUGCAGAGUUUGCAGAUAUAUUUCGAAGAGCCUUUGCUUCUCGCGUUUUCCCUCCCCAUGUGACAACUAAAUUGGGGAUUAAGCACGUGAAGGGCAUGCUGCUUUAUGGGCCUCCUGGUACUGGCAAAACACUUAUGGCUCGUCAAAUCGGAACAAUGUUGAAUGGGAGAGAACCAAAGAUUGUUAAUGGCCCUGAAGUUCUAAGCAAAUUCGUUGGUGAAACUGAAAAGAAUGUUAGGGAUCUUUUUGCUGAUGCAGAAAACGACCAAAGAACUCAUGGGGACCAAAGUGAGCUGCAUGUCAUAAUUUUUGACGAAAUCGAUGCUAUUUGUAAGUCAAGAGGAUCAACCAGAGAUGGUACUGGAGUUCACGACAGUAUUGUAAACCAGCUUCUUACGAAGAUAGAUGGUGUGGAGUCUCUAAAUAAUGUUUUGCUUAUUGGAAUGACCAAUAGAAAGGAUUUGCUUGAUGAAGCCCUUUUGAGACCAGGACGCUUGGAGGUUCAAAUUGAGAUAAGUCUUCCCGAUGAAAAUGGUCGUUUACAGAUUCUUCAAAUUCACACAAACAAGAUGAAAGAGAAUUCUUUUCUUGCUCCUGAUGUGAACCUUGAAGAGCUUGCUGCUCGUACAAAAAACUAUAGUGGUGCCGAACUCGAAGGUGUUGUAAAAAGUGCAGUAUCUUAUGCUUUGAAUAGACAACUAAGCCUAGAUGAUCUUACUAAGCCAGUGGAUGAAGAGAGUAUUAAAGUUACUAUGGAUGAUUUUCUGAAUGCACUCCAUGAAAUAAUUCCUGCAUUUGGAGCCUCUACUGACGACCUUGAACGGUGCAGACUUAAUGGCAUGGUGGAUUGUGGUGAUCGAAAUAAGCACAUUUAUCAAAGAGCUAUGCUGCUUGUAGAGCAAGUUAAAGUGAGUAAAGGAAGUCCGCUCGUUACUUGUCUUCUGGAAGGCCCAAGUGGCAGCGGUAAAAGUGCACUAGCAGCUACUGUUGGCAUUGACAGUGAUUUUCCAUAUGUCAAGAUAGUCUCAGCAGAAGCAAUGAUUGGCCUUCUUGAAAGCACUAAAUGUGCACAGAUUGUCAAGGUAUUUGAGGAUGCAUACAAGUCACCACUGAGCAUCAUUAUUCUUGAUGACAUUGAAAGGUUACUGGAGUAUGUUGCCAUUGGGCCUCGUUUUUCGAACAUUAUUUCUCAGACAUUAUUGGUCCUUCUCAAGCGACUUCCUCCAAAGGGGAAAAAACUUCUGGUUAUAGGGACGACGAGUGAAGUGGGCUUCUUAGAUUCAGUUGGUAUUUGUGAUGCUUUCUCUAUCACUUACCAUGUUCCUAUAUUGAAGACAGAUGAUGCUAAGAAGGUGCUAGAACAGCUGAAUGUUUUUGCUGGUGAAGACAUUGAUGCAGCUGCAGAGGCGCUGAAUGAUAUGCCUAUCAAGAAGCUCUAUAUGUUGAUUGAGAUGGCAGCACAGGGCGAGCUUGGUGGAUCUUCAGAGGCAAUAUUCUCUGGUAGAGAGAAGAUUAAGAUCUCUCACUUCUAUGAUUGCCUUCAGGAUAUUGUCCGAUACUAGUUUCUACAACUGUUAGCUCCUUUUAAGGUACAAAUCAUCCCUUUAGAGUUUGGAGUGGCCUGCCAUGUCAUCAUACUAGGUCUCUCCCAUCAAUUUUCUCUAGUGUCAGAUUCUGAAAUAGGUGCUUACUUCAUAUGUUGGGUGUGGGGCUGUAGCUCGAGAAUACCUGUAUUCUGAAAUGGAUUCUUGCCCUUUCAUUACUUUGUGAUGAUUGUAAAGCUUUUCGAAUGUAUGGGAAUGGAGAACCGAGCUGAUUUGGGGAACGAUUGUUUAUUUCAUGGAUAUUCCUUGUUGUUCAAA